ACAAUUCACCGACAUGGGCUGUUCCUAGUAAAGUCAGCCCACAAUCUAUUAAAUCACCUACUCUGACAGAAAAAGGAAAUAGACAACUACAUGAUGUUCUAUAUCCUACACAGGAAAUAAAACCUGUUAAUAUGGAUAUACCUGAACCUGUUAAAAGUUCUAUAAACCGAACAGAUUUCACAGAUAAUAUUACACACAGACCUGAAACUACAGGAUUCACAAAUACUAUUAAACCAGAAGAUGAUAAUGAUGAUAGGAUAAGCAAAUUCGAAAAUGUUGAAGAAGCUAUACUGGACCAGGCUUCAAAUAAAGUUGAAAUACAAACCACAAGUUACGCUGAAGACUAUGGAGAUGACAGAGUUGAAACAGGGUCAAUCAAUGAAGAGACAAGAAUUGUAAUUGAAAUGGAACCAGAGCCAGAUAAAGAUCACACUGAUGAAGUAGCACUUGACAAAUCCCACGAUACAGACAUGGUCAUGAAAUCUGAAAAUAUAGAAGUAACAGUGACAGAAGAAGAAGUACUUGAUGAAAUGGCGGGUGAAGAUGACAAUUUGAAAGAGGUUAAAGACAAUAACUUGGAUCAAGGGCUUAUUGAAGAAGUAACAACUUCUGUGCCCGAGGUUAAGUUCCCUGUGAGAAGUGAUCAAAAAUCUUACCAACCAUAUAUGAAUGAAUCUACAGCGUCAGCAGUAGACGCUUUAUUGAGCGUAUCUAGAGAAGCCGACAGAGUGACGAGGGUUAUCAGCGAUGAUCCGCCAGAAGAUCUGUUUGAAGAUGAUAAUAAGGACAACAGUGGAACUAACCAAGAACACAGUUUCAAUGAAGGUCUUUUAGAUAACAGUGAUAGUGUCGUAAAGUACGAGGAGCCAGUGGAAUUGAUUCCAGAUGAUCAUAGCAAGGUGUUAAAUAAUGACUUCAAAACAAAUGAAGAUAAUUCUGUAGGCACAGAAGAUAAUAUUGAUUUACCAGAGGGAAGUAAUGUAGCAUCUCUUAACGAUAUCGAUGACCAAACAAAGACAGAAAUGAAUGUUGAUGUUACUGACAGUGCGGGCAAUAUUGUGGAAAGUAUUCCAUCUGAAUCUGACCUACAAAUAGCUGAAACUCUAAUUAAUUUACCAUCCAUUCAAAGCAAAACAACUAGCAGUAUAAAGCCAGAUAAACCAAUUCCCGAUGAGAUCAUGCAGGAAGAUAUUGUUCCUGAGGAAAUGGUUGUGGAAGACAAACCUAUCGAAUCUAUUGUAGAACCUGAAUCAAUACUUCAUCAACAGAAAUCUCUAUUAAUUUCUAACAACGAAAAUAUUAUGCGUUUUGAAACAGAACAAGAGAAAAGUGAAAACUUAAACGCUGCUCAAUCACUGGUCCAAAUGUCAGAAACAAUUGACCACAAAAUUAAUAUGGAUCAUAACUUAUCUACUAGUGUAAACAAUAAUAAGGAAAUUUCCGAAAAGGGUGUUUUCAGUGUAAAACAAAAUAAUGGCUUGGAUGGCAUGCACAACACUGUAGAGCAAAAAUUAACUCUCAAAUCUAAAGAUAGCAACAUUGAAAACACCAAUGGUAAAAGUACUAAAAUAGAAACUUCAUCUUCAAGGUUAUUAAAAAUUCUAGAAGAGCCGAGUGCGAAGUUUAGUACCAAUAAACCUAUGCCUACCAAGACCAUCAUUACAGGGAAAGAGAAAAUAUUGAACUUUGACGUAGCAAAAACGUCUUUCAAAAGUAAAACUGAUUCACCUAAACAGAAAAUAAUUAUUCGAAGGACGACUCCAAGCAAAAACCUAAUAAACAAUAUGUCUGAAAUAACAACACCAGACAAAAUUAUUCUGUCACGUAGUAACAACGCAGCGCCGGACGGUUCUGUACAAACAUAUACCAUUCAGACGUCAGAGCCGCCAGCCGACGCUAACACAAUUAUAAUACAACAAAAGAUUAGGAAAAUUGCAAAACCACCUGCAAAGAUACAAAAGAUUAAACCAGCAAACUCACUGAUACCCACUCUAAAUGAAACGUCAAAAAUAAUCAACGAUGCAGCCCCUGACGAUGCUAUGUUUGAUAUUAACUCAAUGCCUAUUGUAUUAUCUGAAGAUCUACUAACUCCCGAAAGUAUUGAGAAAAUGCCCAUCGUAAUGUCUGACGGUAACAUUAUAACUCACACACCGAAUCCGCCAAAACUUGUGAAGACAAAACAAGCUAUAGAAAGUGAAAAAAUUGGCAUAAGUGCAACCUCUAAUAAAUCUGAAAUGAAAACUCUAUUAAUGAAUCCUGUCAGUGAUGGUAAUAAAAUUAGCACCCCGAAUAUUCUAUCAAAAUCUUCAAAAUUACGAGGGGCAAAACCUAUGUUAGUAAUUGAUAAGACUACAGGUAAACAGAAAAUUAUAAUGACGAAAGGUGAGACUAGUAUCAAAGAAGUCAAACAAGCACCAACCCUAAUACAGUCAGUUCAGCAGAAUACUGGCAAGGCCGAGAAAUUCAUAAUUUUACCUACUCCAAACUCACCACGCCCUGGCAGGACACAAAAGAUUGUAAUAGAUCCUCAAACAGGCAAAGCUCAUGUGCUUGUAGCAAAGGGAUCCGAACCUCAAAUAACUGCUACGGACAAUAAACCGGUUUCGGCGAAAUUAAUUCCGUCUUCGACCGACAAUAGCAGUCCUGGAAAUACCGUAAUGAUCAUAACUAACGCUCAAGGUGCGCAGUCUAGAAUAGUCCUCACUCCAGAACACGAGAAGAUGCUAUUUCCAAAGAAACAACAAUCUAAUGUAUCUCAAUUGAAAACUAUAACUCAUAGGAUCUCAACCAAUCCAGGUGUUGUUACUCAAAAAUCCUUAGUUACAUCAUUAACAUCGACAAAAACUCAAAAUGUCGCACCUGCAAAGACUCAGACCAGGAUUGUGCCGAAACAAAAAAGUGCAAUAAUUACAUCAAAAGGCCAAUUGAUUGUCGGUGGGAGAGUCGCCACUACUACGCAAAAUAUAGCGCCCAUGCCGGAAAUUAGACCUGUACCCAAGCGAAUAAUCGCAUCAGAACCCAAAAAACUAGUUCAAACAAUUCAGAAGUCAUCUUCAGAACCAUUAAUAUUCUUACAACAAAAAUCUGGUGCAGUCAUGCAACUUACAGCAGCACAAUUCGAACAUUUGCAAAGGACUGGGCAAAUUGUACAGAAAACUACUACACCUAUACAGGAUAAUAAAGUUCUUGUACAAAAAACGAUAACUAUUUCGCCGAAUGAGACAGGAGCGCCUACAGUACACAAACAGAGAGUACGUAAGACGAUAUCCGAAUCACCAACGCCAGCUAAGAAAAUGAAACAACAAGAAAUAGCUAUAGCACCUGCACCCGCGCCUUUGUCUUCGAUUCCUCCUGCCUUGACUCCUCUGAGCAACAAUGCACCUAAUGUGCCAUCUGUAUCUAACACAGUAUCCAUUGGUACUACGAAUACUUAUUCUGAUUUUGAUAACUUCGAAGAACUUUUACCGUCGACUGCCAUCGUCCGACAACAACAGCCAGAGCCAGUUAGCACUGUGACUCAGCCAGAACCACCCGCCGCCGCCCCGCCUGCUGGCCUAGGCGACAGUCAACUGCUGGCAGUACCAGGGGAACACUUUGGCGGCCCUGUAGGUUCAUUCUAUCUUUGCAUUGAAGAGAAUGGCACUUUGACUCCUGUUGACAAUCGACCUCUAGUCCUAGAUAAUAAUCAACUAGUUCCUAUGCAUGCAGAACCCUUACCCGUAUUAUCAACACAACCCGAGCGUAGAGACAUUCUUGAGGCGGCUUUAGCUAAUAGUGAUGUUUUUCAUGCGGAUACAACAAGAGACGAGGCCCCAGAUUUCCGUGAUUUGAAUGCAAAUGUAUCAGUUCAUUGUCGUGUAUCUGAGACUAGUACGACAUUAAAUCAGCCCAUUAUGACUCCUGUUGAGGUACCUACUAAAGUAGACAGUGAACCUGCCAUUCCUUCCAAUUUAGAGGAUGGUCUCGCAGUAAUCGGUGUCACCCCUCCGACAGUGCCGACUUCACUAGAAUUACCUAUUACUGUGACAGACCCUAGGAUAGCACCUGCAAAAACGACAGAUCCUCUGAGCAACAAUAACUAUGGGUCUGGAGUAUCUUUGCUACCGUCACCUAAUACGGAAAUGACUUAUGUAACCACAGAGGAAACAGAUGUGCCAAUGGGUGGCCCUAUUUCAAUGCCAUUGCUAACGGAAGAAGAAUCUGUCGGGAAAUCCAUGCCAAUAUUGACAGACGACAUAGCAGAGAGAACUGUUUCUUCAGUAGACUCAGCAGUUGGAUCUCCAUCCUCCAUUGAUGUCCGGGAGUCGGAAACUGAAGAUGGUGGUCAGUGGACUCGCCGGCUGCUUACUCCUGGCUCGGACAUUUCAGAAGCGUCAGCUGAGAUCCCCUUGCAGCCGGCCAUACAAUUGUCGGUUAGUGAACUGUCUCGCCACAGUUAAGAGGGAUGCCUUCGUCUUUUCUCUUUCGUAAAUAAUAUUUCUCAAAUCUCCACGAAACUAUGAUUAAGUAAUGUAAAUGUGUUGUGUCAAUACAAUCUAAAACUCUUGUAUGCUUAAUUAACUACAUUUUUUUAUUUGCAUUGAUACAUGUGCACGCUGAAGUCGGCAAACCUAAUUAGCUACAUUAAUGUAUUGAAGAUCUUUUUGCUUGAAAGAAUGUGAAGUUUUAAAAUACAUUAUACUUAAUGUUGACAAUUGAAGUACAUUCAGCAGUUAAUAUAUUUGAAUACAAUGAAAUUGUAAUGCAUUCUGUAUUAGAUUUGAGAAAUGUUAUAGCACAAACGGAGGAGAAGGGAUGAUUGCGAUACCUCGCGACCAGUCGAACAUAACAUCACUUAUUGUCAUUGAUGUUCUUAGAAUUUUAUUUAUUUGUGCCUAUUUCAUAACUUGUCAUGUUACUAGUGCAAUAGAUUAUUAUUUAAACUUGUUUCAUUGUUCGAUCUUGGCGUUUUAAAUCUAUAUUUUAUGUAAUAGGAAUAUUUUUAUCUGUUGUGGAACAUUUUGAACGAGUAUAAUAUAAAUGGUGCCGCUAUUAUCUGAGAAUGAUUGUGAGCGUUCGAAACGCAUACAGAGACAUGAUUGUGUAAAUAUCUAGUUAUAGAAAGCAAAAUUGAAGAAACAAACUGUUUGGGCUGGACUUGUCAUAUAAAACAAUUAAGUAUAAUGCAAUACUGCAUACAAUAUUUAGGUUAAGGAUUUACGAUUGUAAAUUUAAAUUGAAUUAUGAUAUUUGUUGGAUCGUAUGUGUAAUAUAUAAAAAAGUAGUUAUAUAUUAUUUUUGUAACGUCUAGCGAGGUUGGAGUACGUGUAACGCUGUCGCAGACCUGUACAUGGAAGUGCUGUUAAGUUAUCGUGAAUUAUGUUCACCAGUGGACAAGUAAUGUUGAAGUAUAAGAGAGAUUUGUGAAUGCGGCCGUCGACCGUCAGUUAAACAGGAUACAUUUCUUAUAUCAAUAAUGUAGGGUUAAUAUUAAGUACAAUAUUGUUGAAGUAAUUUUUAAACAUAAUGUCAAAAGCACUUAUUGGUUUGUUUGAGUGAUCUAUGUAAAAUCUAGAUCAGACUAUACAAUGGAGUCUUUAGUAAUAACUUCUGUGUAGUUUUAUUAAAUAAAUUUUAAUCAACA